AUCGUCAGCAAGGUUAUCUUGUAUUUAAAGGAUGUUAUAUUGGCGCGGGCCACAUUUAGCGGCGUCACGCUGAAUAUCUAGACAAGAUAAUUCCUCGUAGUUGAUAUCAAACAGCGCUUUUAACGUUCAGAGUACAGAAGCAACAUGUCUGCCAACACGAGGAGAAUGCCGGCGAUCUUUCUUUUUGUGUUCCUGGCUGGAGGCGCCCUGAGUCAGUCUACCUCGAUGGCGACAUCAGUAAUGGAGUCCAUGACAUCAUCCAUGUCACAACACAUGUCUCAAUCGAUGUCAUCACAAGUGUCUAAAUCAACGACACCACAAAUGUCUCCAUCGAUGUCAACGCAAGUGUCUCAAUCAACGACACCACAAAUGUCUCAAUCGAUGUCAACGCAAGUGUCUCAAUCAACGACACCACAAAUGUCUCAAUCGAUGUCAUCACAAGUGUCUAAAUCAACGACACCACAAAUGUCUCCAUCGAUGUCAACGCAAGUGUCUCAAUCAACGACACCACAAAUGUCUCAAUCGAUGUCAACGCAAGUGUCUCAAUCAACGACACCACAAAUGUCUCAAUCGAUGUCAUCACAAGCGUCUCAAUCAACGACACCACAAAUGUCUCAAUCGAUGUCAACGCAAGUGUCUCAAUCGAUGUCACCACAAAUGUCUCAAUCGAUGUCACCACAAAUGUCUCAAUCGAUGUCACCACAAAUGUCUCAAUCGAUGUCACCACAAAUGUCUCAAUCGAUGUCAACGCAAGUGUCAUCAUCGAUGUCGCAAUCCAUGUCCCAAUCCAUGUCACCAUCCGUGACACCACCGACCUCUGAGCUCAUGUCAAUGUCGACACCGCAACCGGUACCUCCACAAUCUAUGUCACAAUCAAUUUCUCGGUCCAUAUCCCCAUCAAGGUCACAACCAACAUCAAUGCCCACUUCAUCCAGCGGUUCCGAUCAGGGAGACCAAGGAGCAGGAAAAGGCGAUGAUGAUGAUGACGAUGAUGAUCGUAAGGUGAUAUUGAUCCUGCUGUCCGUGGCUAUAGGAGUGAUGGUGCUGGGCAUGAUCAUUAUAACAGUGGCUAUUUGUUGCGUGUUUCAGAGGAUCAAAUAAAGAACUCAUUAAACACAUGGACGUGAGAAGGUGGUAGAGUAGCUUAGCAAAGCGUUACCACAAGCAAGAAAUGGAAAGAUGCUACUCUAAUAAGUACGCUUUUACAAUUGCCUUCGCCGUACAAGUUGUAUCGCUUUGAUGUCAAAACCCUUCAUCUACAACUUACUUUAACAGACUAUAAAAGUAUCACUAAAGAACGCAAUAUUGCAAAAUCGGCGAUUUUAAUUUCCUGACCAGCAUAAUUGUAAGGUAAGGCGCAACUCGAGGUUUACUUCUCAAAAUAGAAUAUGAGUUUAAGCUCAACCCUAACCCGCUACCGAUUUUGCGAAGGAAAAAUAAUUCGAAAGGGUGUAAUUGUAUCAAACCCUCCUUCUCCGAGACGACAUGUAGGGAGAGUCUGUUAGCUCAACCCCCGAGUUUUACCCCUUUUUCUCGCGCAAAUUUGCCUUUAUAUACCAAGUUUACGCGGGGGUGGGGGGCGUAGUCAAAAAUUAAUUAGGUAGUACCCAUGCAUGUUUCACUGUGAACCGUAGUAACGUGAAUAAUAUUUAGAGGGCGUUUUAAUUUCUCGAUAGUAUAUCCCGUUUUCCACCGUGAGUACCUAAGAAAAUACAUAGUACAUUUUUUUAAUACACGAACGUAUUUUCGACUGUAUUGUUUCUUUAAAAUAUCAUAAAGUAAAUUAGGAUGUAAAAAGACAAGUUAACGAAUUAUUCGUCUUAGUUUUAAGGGACAGAUCGUUUUGAACAGUCUCGGUAAAGUAGAUAACAGAGUGAAAGUAACCAAACCGGUUCUCUCUCUCGAGAAACAAAAAAAAUGUAAACUAUCUUAAUUUUCCUUGGAUGUAAGUAUGAUUCUACGUUUAAAUGUAUGCAAUAAAGAGAACAGUUUGUUUGCAAACAA